CACCGUGAGUUCAUUACCUUAACCGGCUGAUCGUCGUUCAGUCUGCAGACGCGGGGGACUUGAAAUCAUCAACAGAGCGGACUGAAGAUAUGCGGACAAAGGAAAAAGAAAAUCAACGUGCACAAAGGUGAAUUCGUCUUGCUUGUUGGUUGUACAACACACUGACCAGUCAUGAAUGGCUGCCAGGAUAAUACCACUUGCAACAUUAGCCAAAGUUCUUCUUCAGUCAAUGCCAGUCCGGAGACAGGUUGCCCUGAUGUGCAAGCUAAUUUCCAGUUUGUCCUGUUUCCUGUGGUGUACAGCAUUGUGUUUGUCCUUGGACUGGCAGGAAAUCUCACUGCCCUCUGGCACUUUAUUAAAACGAGAAGUGCUACCCAGCCAUCAAAUGUCUUCUUGGUCAACUUGUGUUCUAUUGACCUGCUUCUGGCUCUGACACUGCCCCUGAAGAUCGUCUAUCACGCUUUGGGAAACAACUGGAUAUUUGGGGAGGCCCUCUGUAAGGUUGAUGGAUCUCUUUUUUUUGGCAACGUCUAUGGCAGCUCCCUCUUUCUCAUGCUUAUCAGUCUGGACCGCUAUGUGGCAGUGGUGCAUCCUCUGUUCUCCUUACGGAUCCGCAAGCCAAAGUACCGCAUCAUUCUCUCCUGUGGGGUUUGGAUAAUACUGAUUUGUGCGAUCUUAUUUUUGACAAUGAAAGGUCCACUUACAAGCACGUUUCCUGGAACUAACAACACUGCUUGCAUGGAGAAUUUCUCGUCGAAGUCCUGGAAGACAGGAUCUCAGAAGUCAGCAUAUUGUCUGCAGUCAUUGGCUUUUUCAUCCCUUGUACUGUUAUUGUAACUACUUACCCUCUGAUUGCAUACAAACUUCUACACAGCUCCCCUUCCACUGAAGGGACCCGCGUAUCAUCUUUCCGCAUCCGUAUAUCCCGUGUCAAACAG